UCAAAUUUUUAUUAUGCUAAUUUCACAUUGGGCAGUAUAGCUGCAAUAAAUCAUAGAAUUAUAUAAAUACACAUUAAAAAUUGUUUGUGACCUAAUCAUGAGUAAUGUGAAAAUGAUUGCCGCGAAUCAAUUACGAGUAAUAAAAAAUGCUAAUCUCAUAAGGAAACAUAAAUUCGUCUUGUCCUUCAGUAACGAAACCGGCGAAAAAUCCAAAUAAAAGCAAGAGACCCUUCUAGUUCACACAGUGAUCGAAUAUAGCAUUGCUUGAGAAAAUUGCUGACAAGCAAUCAUCUUUCCUACAUAAUACGAUUUCAAUAAUGGAACAUCCAUGUAAUAUAACAGUUUUGAUACAGAAAUGAAAAUACUACCUUUUCUCUAAAUGCAGAUUAAAAUGGAAAAAGAAUUGCGUGAAAUAUGACUACCCGAGAAACUUCCAGGUUUUUAAACGAGAAUAUAGAACGACUAAUGGAUGCUGGCAGUAUUGAACAAAUGUCAAGUGUUCAUCAGAAUCUCAAUCGUAGAUCUAAUCCGCGAGAAGUGUUUUCGUAUUGUGCGCUAAAUCAUUCGUCUCUAAGUGAAUCGUCUUGGCCGCAGAUCGAUCGAUCGCCUCUUCAUGAAAGACGAUGUAGACAACGACGACAACGACGACGACGAUGGAAACUUAGUAAUUUCUUUCGGUGUACAUCGGCUGUGAGAGACGAGGACAUUCCAUCUUCAAGAGACGCACCGCCCACGUACUCAUCAAUAUUCACUGAUUCGCUGUCGCACGAGUUCACUAUUCCGAUAAACGAUCGAUCGUUCAUCCUGGCGCGAAUUCCACCGCCCACCUAUACCCAAGCGCAAGGAAUCGGUCUCAUGGAACGGUCGGAUCCAUUCGUCUCUGUAUCCCCGAACGCGACAAGUGUCUGGCCGCGGGUACCCGCGGCCACGAUUUGUCCUCGAUGCUCAGCUCUCAUCAUCACAGUCGUAGUAGUACGUCGAUCCACGAUUACACACCUUACCGCAUUAACGCUCUUUUUGCUGGGGUGCUGGCCAUGCUGCAUGAUACCAUACUGCAUGGAUUCUUGCAACAAUACGGACCACUAUUGUCCUAUCUGUCGCGCGUAUCUCGGAACUUACACGCCGUGAUAAUGGAAAACGUCACGCGUG